UUCCCCCGACCCUUUCAAAGCUAUGUCAACGAACAGAGGUCUGGCACUUUAUACGGGCCCACAAACGGAAUCGAGUCUUAUGCUCGCGCUGGUGUCGACAGACAAAACCACCUGUAGAUUCGUUUGUUCAUUUGUCAAAUUGAGAUCGGAAAAUGACGGAAAGCGACUCCAGGUCUCCAAGUCCCAGAAAAUGUGACGAUGGCAAAUCUUCUUAUAGAAAGAGUAACAAGCCCUUGAUGGAGAAGCGGCGACGCGCACGAAUCAACACGUGUCUGUCCCAGCUGAAGACGCUCGUGCUUCAAGCGAUGAAAAAAGAUAACGCCCAGUACUCCAAACUGGAAAAGGCAGACAUCUUGGAACUGACUGUGAAACACCUACGUCAUGUACAACGUCAUCAGAUGGCAGCUGCCAUGGCAACAAGUCCUGAUGUCAUAACGAAGUAUCGCGCGGGGUUCAAUGAGUGCGCUAACGAGAUAAUGCGAUACUUGACGUCUGUGCAGGGCGUCAAUGACGAUGUGCGCACGCGCGUGCUCGGCCACCUCGCCGGCUGUCUCCAGGCCAUCAACCCCUCGCCGAUCAAUGACGUUAUGCAACAUUCGGGCCAUGUGCUCGGGGUACCGCCCGUCCAGCACCCGGCAUUCGUGACUACCUGCACGACGCCUAGCAACGCAUCCGCCUUCCAGAGUAUGAUCGCCGACAAAAGUCAGAUUCCUCAACAGAAUAACAUCCAAGUGUCGUGUCUGACGUCAUCACAGACAAGCGCGGCGCCAUUUCAGUUGAUUCCUGGCACGUUGCCAGGAGGUCAGGUCGCUCUUGUGUUGACGUCACCCUCAUCCAUGCAGGCCGUGCCUCUGUAUGCAGCUCCGCCUGCCGGCAGUGACAGGACGACUGAGUGCGUCAGUCAGGUGAAAACUGAAAACACUUCUCCCCUCGCUGGCGUCAGAGUUCCCAAAGUUUUUACCUCGCAGCCGGAGCCGGCUUCUUCAGCAGUUAUGUCCCCGCCGUUUGGAAACCAUGGCAACAGCAUGCUGCUACCAAAACAGCCAGAAGCUUCUGUGAGAAACGCACCAUCACCGGAACAAGUAUGGCGGCCGUGGUAGUGAGUGAGAAAUAAAUGUGUAAUGUAAUAAUUUAUUUUAAAACAAGUUAACAGUGCUUUGAAGAAAUUCUACUUUUCAUUUACUGGAUGUACCUGAGGGAGAACGCGACCGAUAUGCCGGGACGUUAACACUCUUCAUGUGUUGCCGGGACGUUAACACACUACGAGUGUUGCCGGAACGUAAACACGCAAAAUGUGUUGCCAGAUUGCGGAAUGAUUCGAUGGAUUCCAAAUUCGUCAAUAUGUGGAGCAUUGUGUUCUUUUCCUGAUGAUCUGAUCGUUACUUUUAAGAUUGGAUGAUAUGAUCGGUACUUUGAAGCUUGAAACUGUAAACUGUAUUACGAUAAACUCGAGCCGUCAAACGACAGCAUAUGAGGAAUUAUUGUACGAUGGAUAUUUACAGUGGCAAGAUGACAACAGGAGCUCUUCGUGGGAUCCAUACAAACAUAAUUCAAAAUAGCUAUAUACACAGUUAAAGAUGCAGAUGCAUUAUUUGGGAUUUACUCGUAGUUCUGGCAAUUAACUGAUGUUAUAAUCGUUACUUCGAAGCAG